GUGAUGAGGUCCUGAAUAUAGCUUAGCAUAGCACAUCACAACAGUGGUGUUGUAGAGGAAGGUCAAGACAGAAGACUUUCUCAUUGGACCCUGUAUGACCGCAACUUAUAGUAUAGACAAUAAUAUACGACACAGUAUACAUUGUGCAGUGGUUGAAAGACCAUUGCCCUUGUUUUUGAGUCGGACGCUAGAUUUAGAUCGUUAGCCUGUCAUUUAAAUUGCUAGCUAGCUCCCAACGUCAACGUUAGCUGCCAUGGCACUGCUGAGAGCUUCUUACCACCGAAUCCUGGAUAAGAUCGAGCAUAUGUUACCGGCUAAACUGAGACCCCUGUACAACCACCCGGCAGGUCCAAAGACAGUAUUCUUCUGGGCCCCCAUGUUCAAGUGGGGCCUGGUCGCCGCUGGGUUUGCUGAUAUGAGACGGCCUGCAGAUAAACUAAGUGCUUCCCAGUCGGCAGUCUUGACAGCCACAGGGCUUAUUUGGUCCAGGUACUCCUUGGUCAUUAUACCCAAAAACUGGAACCUGUUUGCGGUUAACUUCUUCGUUGGCGGUUGCGGAAGCUCCCAGCUGUACAGAAUAUGGCAGCACAAACAAGAACAAAAAGCCAAGGCUGUUGAAGCUUGAAGUCAAAACACCUCACCAAUCCGGUCCCUUGGAUUGAAAGGGAGCCAAGCACCUCUCCUUUAAGGCACUCAUCAUACACAUCAAAUAUCCACCCAGUACUUCAUUCCUCAGGCAACUUCGUUCUAUAAAGAAGGGACGCGAAAAAAAGAGCCCAUCUGUAAUUGUUCCGCUUUCUUUUCCUUAGCACCAGAGAUCAUGUUCUCCAAUUGCCAUAAGCAGUGUAGAGGCCAAGAGGCACACUCCUUAACUUCAAUGCACACCUGCGAAAAUGAAUUGUCCUUGACGCACAACAUUUUGAAACUUUUUGAAAGCGGUAACUUCAUACCUUGACUUAUUUUAUGACUGUAUAUUAAAUUAAUUUAACAUAUUAUCAUGUACUCGAGGAACGUGUUAGGUUCCAGAUUAUCUGUUUGCAUUGCAUUCGAACAUGUCAGUACAGAGAUUCAUCCGAAUCUUGGAGAUGGGAGAGCUGUGGGAUGCUGUUUUAAAGGAAUGUCUCCGAAAUAAAUUUUAGAAUGGUGUCUCGGUCAUCCAUGGACUUAAGGGAGUUUUCAUGGUUUCCCAUGAUUUGUUUGAGCUGUUGUAAUAUUAUGGUAUAGUGAUGGUAGAGCAAUUCCUCAGAAGCUCAAGGCUUUAUAGCCGCUGAAUGCUAUUUCAAGGAAUGUCUCCAAAUAAAUUUGAGAAGUGUCAGCUUU